AUGUUUGUAGUAACAGUAAUAUCGUUUCUAUUGAACGUGCUUAGUAUAAGCUCAACACUUGCUGAAAUUUUUUUCGUAAAAGAACUUCCUGUAUCUGACAACCAGAUAAAAGAUCUCGCGCAAGCUGUAUGCGACGAAAUGUUGUAUGGAACGGUAACAAAUCGAAAUAGAUGCGUGACGCAAUUUUUAUACCAAGCACAUAGCUCAUAUUUUACUCCAAGCACCUCGACAAUUAAAAUUGAAUGCAAUUCAGAUACUCAAAUACUAUUCAGGAUAACGCCUUCAAAAUAUACACAGCUAGUUACAUUGGUUCCAUUAGAUAUCGACGUAAACAAAACGAUUGAGUUUUCUAUUAUUGAGCCAUACCAAGAGAAAGCGUCACUUUACCCGGAACCGGGGAAAUACACAUUUUGGACGACUACAAUAAAUGACACUGGUUUUCUGUCACCGUGGAAACGAGGGCCUUACAUAGAGAAUUUUGUACCACAGAGAGAGCAAAAACCGUACGCAAUUAAUAUAACAUUUUCGAAUCUUUUACUUAUAGAAGAUGAUUUUUUUGUAAAAGCAAAUAUAUCAUGGAAUUCAACUGACGCUGCGGACUCUUUAACAGUAACAAAUAGUUGUAACAAAGAGACUCAAGGAAACUUUUAUUAUAAAACAAUUAAACCAUGCGAACGCCGCAAUGUUAUACUACACAAUUUGUUUCUUAACGAUACUUGCACAGUUACAAUAAAUGGAAAAUAUGGCGUCACCAAGAAAGUAUAUCAUACGCCCCCGUGCAUUCAUAGAGAAUGCUAUAAAUUUACAGCACAAAAUGUGACACUCAAAGCUGUUUGGGACGAAAACCAGGAUUUCUGGACGGUGCACGUAAGUUGGAACAGGCCAACUUUCGCGCCCGACUACUACAAUGCUACUUUACGCACAAAUAUGGCUGUUCAAAGCGUUAGAGUUCCUGGAAAUGCAACAGUAAUGCAUUUUAAAAAUGUAAAAGGCAGAGAAUUUUUCAACGUGUCGCUAGUGGCGCACGCCAACAACCGCACGGCGCACACCAGUGCACGCAGCUUAUUUCCAAAUUUACAGCUUGCAUCUAAACCUCUCUCAGGCUUAUUGGUAGGCGCCUGGUGCUCGGCGCUGGUCUUUGUUGUACUUUUAGUAGCUGCUUUUUGUUGGAAACGUCGCUUCCAUUUGACUCGCUCUGGAAAUUAUUAUAGGACUACAAUGGAGAAGAUACCUCAAGAUGAGUUGGACGUGGACGGCAUGGAGGCGGGCACGGAGGACCAGUGGGAGGUGCGGCCCGAGCGCCUGCUGCUGCACGAGGUCAUCGGAGAAGGCGCCUUCGGAGUGGUCCGUCGGGGGACAUUUGCGCCUGCUAAUAAAGAAGUCGCCGUGAAAAUGCUUAAAGACUUACCAUCAGUGGAGGAGAUCCGGUCGUUCCGCGCGGAGAUGGAGCUGAUGAAGAGCGUGGGCGCGCACGCGCACGUGGUGAGCCUGCUGGCGUGCUGCAGCGGCCGCCGCCUCCUCAUCGUGGCCGAGUACUGCAGCCGCGGCGACCUGCUGUCUUACUUGAGAUGUUCCUGGGAUAUAAUGCUAACUCGACGCAAUGUGAAGUACUACAAUAACAAUAAGGAUGGAGUGAACUAUAGGAAUAACUUGUUCAAAAGCAAAACAACAGGUUUAAAAUUCGCUGCAAAUCGACUCUACGACCUACAAGAAGUUUGCGACACUGAGCUAACCAUAUUGGACCUUCUCUCUUUUUGCCGACAAAUUGCAAUGGGCAUGGAGUUCCUUGCUUCAAACCGCGUGGUCCAUAGAGACUUAGCUGCUAGAAACAUUUUAGUUACUGGAGAUAGAACGCUAAAGAUAGCAGACUUCGGCUUAUCCAGAGACAUUUAUCAGGAAAAUCAGUACAAGCAGAAAGGCAAUGGCAAGAUGCCGGUGAAAUGGAUGGCCUUAGAGUCUUUAACGCAUCGGAUCUACACAACGCAGACUGAUGUGUGGUCAUUCGGCGUGGUGGUGUGGGAGGUGGUGACGGUGGGCGGGUCGCCGUACGCGGGCGUGAGCGCGGCGCGCCUGCCGCGCCUGCUCGCCGCCGGCUACCGCAUGCCGCGCCCGCCCAACUGCAGCACCGCGCUGUACGAUUUAAUGCUAUCCUGUUGGAACGAGCGUCCCCGCGCGCGGCCCACGUUCAGCGAGCUGCACGCGAGGCUGGACGACCUGUUGUGCGCGUGCGCCGACCACUACAUGUCACUGGCGGUGCCCACCGAGGUGCCGGAGAUACACUCAAAACCGUACCGAUAUGUGCGCAAACUUAUAAGAGGUAGACGGAAACGUUCGAAGAACUACGAACGACCGCUGGCCGCGCCCACCAAUCACUACACCGAGCAGCCGGUCAUCGCGCUCACC